AUGAACUCCAUGAUCAGGUGUCCACAAACUUUUGGUCCUAUUUUUUCCCUCUCUUUUCCCCUUGAACAGAAGGCGCAGCUCGUGCUCUUCCUCGCGCUGAUGACGCAGCUCACAUGUGACGCCCACGCGGUGGCCAACUGCUGCACGCGCAAGCCACACACGUGCACGCUGUACGAGCUACUCUGCCGCGCAGGAUUCCGGGACCUGACCGACCCGAACGGGAAACUCGGCUGGCUGAGCAGCGACGCAGCCGCCGGGAUCCUGACGCUCGGCAAGCGGAAAGCGACCGAAACCCGGUACCAGGACCGGCUGCAGCAUCUCCUGCACAGCUCGCGCAAUCAGGCUGGGGGGAUCCUCACCAUGGGCAAGAGGGGUGUAGAGGCAGAACCCCUAAAUGAUCAGAGUCCUGUCAGUCUGGACCUCGACAGGCCGCUGAAGUACCUGAUCCAGCCGGUGGACAGAGACUCGUACACACACUGAUCCUAAACCACUCAGUGUUCUCAUUCAUUAUUCACCUCAUCCACUGGACUAGUCAUAAUAAGGAGUUGUCAGGAAUGUUUCUGUAUAUAACUGUAUGUUAUUGCACCCUCAGUAUUAUUAUUAGUAGUCCUGUAUUAACUUGAAUCAUAUACUGUAUGUUAUUUAUAGUGUAAUGUUACAAGGACCCACAAGCUGGCAGAGUUGGAUCAUGUUGUA